AUGGUGGUUUGUAAAAAUGCUCAAGAUUUAAAAACAAUUAUUGAUGAAGAAAAUCCUGGACGAGAAAUAAUUCAACCAAAUUCAUGUAUUUUUUUAAGGCUUCCUUCAAAAUUAUUGAAAUUUAUUGUUGUAAAACCAAAUACGACAAUUAAUUUAGGGAAAUUUGGGACAUUUUCUACUAAUGAUAUUAUUGGACAUCCAUAUGGAUUUACAUAUGAAAUAUAUAACCAUAAAUUAAAAAUUAUAAAAAGUAAUGAGAUUUAUGAAAUUGAAGAUGAAAUAACGAACAAUAAAGAAACAAUAGAUGAUUCUUUUAAUCAACAACUUACCUAUGAUGAAAUAAUGCUUUUAAAGCAAGAUAAAUGUCUAAGUUCGCAUGAUAUUAUAAAUAAAAUUAUUUCUUCACACAAAACAUAUGAUCAAAAAACAGCAUAUGCAAAAGAUAAAUAUAUACGUAAAAAAAUUCAAAAAUAUCAAAAGGGAUUUACAGUUAUUUUUCCAACAAUAUGGGAAAUCUCUGAACAUAUACUAAUGAAAAAUUUUAUGAAAAUAAUGGAUUUACGAGCCGAAAUAAUAGCGUAUAUCUUAAAUUUGGGAAAUGUUCAGCCAAAUGGGAGAUACAUUGUUGUAGAUGAAACAUCUGGAUUGUUAGUGGCAGCAAUAUUAGAACGAAUGAAUCGUACAGGUCAGGUUAUAUAUAUUCAUACGAACGAACAUCCAAAUUUAGACAGUUGCAAAUAUUUUGGACAAGAUUAUCUCCCUGAAAAGCUUAUUCAAGAAAAUAUUUUAUUAACUUUGAAUUGGUUAGAUAUUAUAGACCGUAACCAAAAACUAGAGUUUGAAAAUAAAAAUAUAAAUAUGAUGAAAGUAAAACAAGUUGAAAAAUAUUUAAAAAAAAAAAAAAUACAUGAACGUCUUAUGUAUAAUAUUGAAGUAUUUACUAAAGGUGAAUUUGAUGGACUUUUUAUUGCAUCAACAUAUGAACCGUCAAGUAUAUUACCACAUUUAAUUCCGUCUAUUGCUGGUUCCUGUCCUAUUAUUAUAUAUUCACCUUAUCGUGAAGUACUUAUUUCAACUUCUCAUUAUAUUUCUUCACGUAAUACACAUGAUAUCCUUGCUCCUAUAAUUUCUGAAAUCCGACAUCGACAAUAUCAAACACUAAGUAACAGAAUUCAUCCAUUUAUGACUUCUAGAGCUUUCAUGGGAUACGUAUUAUCUACAAUAAAAGUGCUUCCAUGUUUUGAAAAUUUUAAACCUUUAGGAAAAAAAUAA